AUGAUUUCGGGUUUAACCAUGGAACAAAGAAGGUACGAGCCAGGAAGGGCGAGAGGAUGUUUGUUGGGCUGCGUGGCUGCUUUGCUUUUGUGGAGCGUUGCCUCAGCGCAACUAAAAUAUUCCAUUUCUGAGGAAGUUAACGAAGGAACUGUGGUUGCAAAUAUCGCAAAAGAUCUGGGAUUAGAUAAAAGCACACUGAAAGACAGGAAGUAUCGGAUUGUUUCUGGUAACGCGGAUCCCCUUUUCCAUGUAAAUCAAAACGAUGGCAUCCUGUAUGUGAGCCGAAAGAUUGACAGAGAAGAGGUGUGCGCGCAGAGCAGUACGUGUUUAAUAAAUCUGAAAACCGUGCUAGAAAACCCACUUGAGGUACACUAUGUAGGCGUGGAAGUGCUGGAUAUAAAUGACAAUUCUCCCACUUUCCCAGAGGAAGAGACAACGUUGGAGAUUUCAGAAUCCGUGUUACCCGGAGUACGUAUUCAGCUAAAAGCCUCGCGUGAUCAAGACAGUGGUCAUUUUUCAGUGCAACACUACAAACUGAGCCACAACGAUCAUUUCCGUUUGGAGGUUAAGGAUAAAGGGGACGAUGGUAAAAUACCGAUAUUGGUUGUUCAAAAAUCUUUAGAUAGGGAAUCUGCGGAAAGUCACUCAUUAGUGCUGACUGCACUGGAUGGAGGGAAACCUCCGAAAUCUGGCGAUAUUGAUAUUUUAGUCAAUGUUUUGGAUAUUAAUGAUAACGCCCCUAUUUUCACGCAAGAUGUUUAUUCUGUGAUGCUCAAUGAAAAUGCUCCAGUUGGUACAACAGUUAUACAAGUAAAUGCAACUGAUUUAGAUGAAGGACCGAAUGGAGAAGUAGUUUAUUCAUUUACCAACAGUAUGAAUAAAAGGUUAUUAAAGCUAUUUGAUAUAAAUCAAUCAACGGGUGAAAUAAUUGUCAAAGGUUUAAUAGACUAUGAGGAUAAAGACAGAUAUGAAAUUGAAAUUCGAGCAUCUGAUAAAGCUCUCGCUCCUUUGGCUACAGAAAAAAGCGUAAUUAUCAGGAUAGUUGAUGUUAAUGAUAACGCACCUGAGAUUGAAGUUACCUCAUUUUCAAGCUCCAUCCCUGAAGAUUCCAGACCAGGAACUACAGUUGCCCUUAUCAGUGUAAAUGAUUUGGACUCUGGUCUGAAUGGAAAAGUUAUUUGCUCCAUAGAUGAGGAUGUUCCUUUUGCUUUAUCACCAUCCUUACAGGACAAAAUGUAUUCAUUAGUCACCAAAUCCACUCUGGACAGAGAGAAACAGUCACAAUAUAUCAUAACAGUAUUUGCAAAAGACGCUGGUCAGCCGUCACUGUCAUCUGAAAAGACAAUAAGCGUUGUGGUGUCAGAUGUGAAUGACAACAGUCCAGAGUUUUCACUGAGUCCCUAUACUUUCUAUGUCACUGAGGGUAACAACCCAGGA